CCCGCAUCACGCCCUCUGCGAGAGUUGCGUGCGGCAAACACCAACCUGCACUAUAUAUUAUCAAAGACUUUCCUUCACAUCACCAAGAGCUUACAAAAUUCUCUAUGCCCAUCAUGUCAGACAUCAAGCCAUACAACAUCUCAGUCUCUCAAGCGAAAAUCGACCGCUUGAAGCAAAAGCUCGCUGUAAUCGAUCUUCCAGAUGAGCUCGAUGACGCAGGCUGGCAUUACGGCGCAUCUCUACCCGAAGUCAAGAAACUGCUCACAUACUGGCAAAACGACUAUGACUGGCGCAAACACGAAGCAAAGCUGAACCAGCUUCCCAACUACAUGACUGACAUCCAAGUCGAUGGGUUUGAUGAGUUGCAGAUUCACUUUGUGCAUCAGAAGAGUGAGGUCAAGAAUGCUGUGCCGUUGCUAUUUUGCCAUGGGUGGCCUGGAAAUUUUACAGAGGUGUCCAAGGUGUUGCCCUUGCUUGCUGAUACCAAGGGUGGUGCACCCGCUUUCAAUAUCGUCGCGCCUUCACUACCGAACUUUGUCUUUUCAGAUGGCGUCAAGAAGCGAGGAUUCGGUCUUGCGCAGUACGCUGAAGUCUGCCACAAGCUCAUGCUGAAGCUGGGCUACAAGCGAUAUGUGACUCAAGGCGGAGAUUGGGGCUUCUGGAUCACCAGGACAAUGGGGAACCUCUACCCAGAGUCAUGCAAAGCAUCUCACGUCAACAUGACUCCACCAGCCAUCAACGCAGACCUGAAAGCCGCACUCAACGACCUCAGCUGUUUCAGCGCGCAAGAGCAAGAUGCGCUAAAGCGACUAGCCAAGUUCCGCGAAGACGGCGCAGGCUAUAGCCACGAACAAUGUACCCGACCGCAAACACUCGGCUACGGUCUUUCUGAUUCUCCAACUCUUCUACUCACCUGGAUCUUCGAGAAACUCCACGAUUGGAGCGACGAAUAUCCCUGGGCCCCCGACGAAAUCCUCACAUGGGUGAGUAUGUAUUAUUUCUCCACCGCCGGUCCUGCAGCCAAUAUUCGCAUCUACUACGAAGCCAAGCACGAUGCUUCAGGCGCCGAUUCUCUUGAAGCUAUGACCAAGGCGACGGCCAAAAACCCAAAGGUCAAGUUGGGAAUCAUGUAUAAUUGGCGGGAUAUGGAGACGUCUCCAAAGGCGUGGGCGAGGCAGCUGGGGCCCGUAGUGUUCGAGAGCGAGAAUGAGCGAGGGGGCCACUUUGCCGCUUGGGAGAAGCCGGAGCUUAUGGCGAGGGAUCUGAAGAAGAUGUAUGCGAGAGACGCGGAGGCUGCAGAGGGCUUGGGUGAGGCGAAUGGCUACGAUGACUGAAGCCUCGUCGACAGUCUGAGUGUAAGCUUGAGGGUGUGAGUGUGAUGAACGAGACGCCGGCCAUCAACUACACGUGAUAAGAUAAAAU